AAUUAAAAGGUUUUUGACGACUUCGAGUUUUUGUUUUAAAAAAUUAUUUGCAAAAAAAAAAAUCAAAUUUCUUGUAAAUUUCUAUCUGUUGUGAUAAUUUGCUUCUGAAAUCUUGUAUUAUGAAUUUUAUGGAUUAUUUUUUUGUUUAAAUUUUUUCUUACAUAGAUUUUGUCAUAAUUUUGCGUGAACUUGAAUGUAUAAAUUAGUAACUAGAAAUUUAUGGCAUAUCAACCGAAAUAUGAAUAAGUAUAAAGAUAUGAUGACAUUUUAUUCAUUAGUGGGAAGAUUAAAGAAAAUCAAGCGGUCAGGCUGGGUGAGAAAGGGAGUGGAAGAUCCUGAAACAAUAAGUGGACACAUGUAUAGAAUGUCAAUCAUGGCAAUGACAAUGUGUGAACCAGAUUUACGGAAGGACCAUUGUAUGAAACUUUGCUUGGUUCAUGACAUGGCAGAAUGUAUUGUUGGAGAUUACACCCCGUGCGAUGGGAUUUCGAAAGAACAAAAAUAUACGGAAGAAACGAAUGCAAUGAGACAACUUGGAGAUUUGUUACCUCAACAUAAUGCCGAAGAGAUUCAAAGUUUAUUUCAAGAAUUUGAAGAGCAGAAGACACCUGAAUCAAUAUUCGUAAAAGAUCUUGAUAGGCUGGAUAUGAUUUUACAGGCUUAUGAAUAUGAAAAUGACUCUGAAAGGCCUGGUUGGCUUCAAGAAUUUUUCGACAGUACGGAAGGUUAUUUUAAAACCCAAACUGUGAAAGAUUUUGUUGCAACUUUAAAAGAGAAGAGGUCUGCAGAGGGAACGAAAUGAUGGCUCUUGGGAGGUCAGCACUGUUCGAUGGAUAGCAUGACUUCUGGUGGCUGUGAAUUCAACAGUUCUCCAAUCAAAAGCACCUAUGGCAAUGAGAUGGUAUUCUCGAUAGUACAGUUUUUUAAUGAAUAAAGUAUUCGUUUUGAUCU